GAGUGCGGUGUGUUUGUGUUCGACGGCAGAGAAAACAAAAAAUAAACAAAUAUAUUUCAAUCGCAAUAAUAACGAUAGGGCCGAGACCUACUCGUCCAACACUCGUCGUCGGAUUCUGCUAGUGGUGUGUUCCGUUUCGUUCCGACGGCACGCGGACGGGGCAAGACUGCAGCAGCUGCGGUGGUCAUGUCUUGGUCCGACGACCGCGCGGUGGACGCGGUCCACUGGCAGAUCUUGAAGAACCAUCUGAAGCCCAAUGUGUGGUCCUCGUCCCGGGAGAUGUUGAAGUACAAACAAGAACUGGACUCCGCCAGGCACGCCGAUUUGAAUCAGCUGGCGAGUUCAGUACAAGAAAUGAAAAAAAAACUGUUCUAUUUAAAAAAAACAGCUUCAGAUGUGAAUAAGAUCAAAACCGUUGGGUUCGAAAAUUUUCGAAGGGACAUUAAGACAUUUGAGUCUAAGCUGUCAAAAUUAAAAGAAGGAAGUUUGAAAAAAUUACGCGAAGAGAGUUUAAAGCAAUCAGGCUUAUUUGAAGAAAUUGAACGAGUGAAACAAUUGGCAUUGCACGAUGCUAUUUUAAAGCCAAAAGAUGUAACUAAUUACAAAAAAAAGAAGGACAUAAAACCCAUCAAACGAGUUCCCAUAUCUAAAAAUACGUAUUCCUCAAAAGAGAUAGCGGAUUUUCACGAUUUCUGUGAUCGAAACUAUGGUUUGACCGGAGGCUGGACUAGUAAAGAUCACGAGAUGUUUUUAAAGAUUCGUUCUAAGCACGUAGACGGUGAAAACUUUAUCGGUCAUGUCGUUCAAGCCAUGCCACAUAUUACUGAGGAUGCAGCUCGCGAACACGAAAAUUGGUUCUUAAAAUUCGAAGAUCUUAGAGCAAAACAAAAAGAGGCGAUUAUGAAGUGGAAAAACGAAAAAAAAAAUGUUUUUGUGCGUGACUGUAAUCCAGAUGUUUCUAGCGCUUCUAAUAAGUGUACAGAUAAUGAUGCAGAAGUAAGCAGCUAUUUUGCAGAACAACAACAUAAUAAAAAUCAUAAUAUCGAUGAAUCAGAAUCACAGUGUGAAAUAGUCGAAUCCCCAAUGAUCGACAACUAUGAUAAAAUGUUGUUAAAGCGUUUUAGAGAAAAGGAUAAAAGAUACAUUGAGUCUAAAAGAACAUCAAAGCAAAAAUUGGAAAUCGAAAGUCCAUCAGACCCAAUUACUGUAGUUACUUUGCACGGAAAAUCAGAAAACUACGGCGAUAAUAUGACAUCAUCGGAAAAACUUCCUAAUGUACACUUUAGCAUUUAUGGUGCUAAGAAUCAUGAUGUAAAAGUUGUGUUGAAAUAUCAAUGACCAAAAUAACUGAGUUUGUAUUUAUAUUGCAUUAAAUGUUGUAAUUUCUUUCUUUCUUUUUUUUGUUAAUCAAUCUUAUAGUGUUAAAAAACAAAUAAUAAAAAUAUAUCGAUCGAAAUCUAUUAUUUCGUACAUCCGUUGUGUCGGUAUAAUAAUCGCACUCACGUAAUGUAUUUGUAUGCAAUCACCGUUUCGCCCAAUUAACUGAUAUCGGUAGUUUGGUAUACAUUUAAUGUAAUUUUGGUAUGAAUACUUUUAUAAAUAUUGAAAUGCAAUGUU